AUGCUCUCGCACAUAGGCCAAUCAACGGCAGAGGCGCGAAAUCUCGGCUUUUUGGGAGAAAGACAAAUAUGUACUAGAAUUUCUGAAACUGAUAAGAAGAAAAGGAAUUUAGGUAUCGUCACCAAAAAAAUAACAACUUCUUCCUCUCUCUCUGUUCUCUUGUAUUCUCUUCGUAAAUUAUUCUCAUUCUAUGACCUUGACAUUGUCAGAGGAAAAUUUAUUGAAACUGAUUUUUGGGGUGCAUUGUAUGAGAAUGGAUCGUCUGAUGGACUACUCGGAAGCGUUUAUCAGAAGGAAAUCGAUUUUGCCAUAGGUUGCUUAUCCACAUGGUUUUACCACCAAAUGGAUAUCUCAUUCACAAUCGCAAAAUCCUCUGUAUUAUUUAUUGUGCCCGCAGCACAGGUCCUUCCACCAUCCAUUACUCCUAUUUUACCUUUUUCAUGGAAGGUCUGGUUAGCAAUCUCUCUAACUGUUAUCCUUGAUGUCGUUGUAUAUUAUUUUGUUGAGAAGAAUGUCCUGAAAACUCCAGGACAUACCGCCAAAACGACCUUCGGCCUUGUUGCACUAAAAAUUAGUUCAAUUUAUCUUCAACAAGCUGCUCCAGAAACCUCAAGAUGGUCAUCUAUGAGAAUUCUCAUUGCAACUUUCCUCCUUUCGAGUCUAGUCGUGGUUAAUUCCUACAGCGGAGGACUAGCAAGUGUCCUCACAGUGCCCAAGUAUGAAAAAUCAAUCGAUACAAAUCAAGAAUUUGCUGAUAGUGGAUUGAAAUGGGGAGCACCGUCGGAUGUGUGGAUAUAUGCUAUUGUUGAAGCUGAAGAACCUAUGUUCAAGACAGUUGUGAAUAAUUUUGAGAUCAAAAGCUACGAUGAAUUUCGAAGAUUGUCUUUUACAGGGACUUUUGCAUAUGGCAUUGAGAGGCUCAAUUUUGGAGAAUAUGCUUUUGGUCCGUAUAUUACGGAGCCUGCGAUGGAACUUUUUGAUAUGACAAAGGAGGAUAUAUAUUUCUUGUGGACUACCGCCAUCUCCGUGAAGGGAUACCCAUUAAUGGAUUACUUCAAUAAGCACAUCCAGGAGGUCCUCCAGCACGGCCUCUAUGAUUACUGGGAACGGAGAACCACUGAAAAAUACUUUAAUCUCAAAGUUCAACUCGCAAUGCAUCGACUUAGUACCGGAAAUAGACCUAAUCCUGGCAUAACAAGCCUCAAAGUUGAUCACAUCUCUGGACCACUUUUUCUCUUGGCCGUGGGUCUCACUCUGGCAACUAUCGUAUUCAUUUGUGAGCUAGUCAGCUACUCUUUAAAGAAGUACAAAAAGGCAGAAUUAAAUUAA